AUGUUAGUUCCACGGUCCGUGAUUCCCCCAUCCCGGGUUCGGGCUCAACAUUCCCGAGAUUUUGAUCAAGUCGGUAACCUUCACAUGAACGGUUACCGGGACCCAGUUUGUAUACCUCUUCCCAGACGAUUUGAAACUCCACGAAGUUCCCGCCAACCGGCGGGUUUACGCAAAGUUCGCGCUUUGUGGGAUCCUCCGCGCACAAAUCGUUCAAAGUCUGUCUGUUCUCCAUCAUCCACAACCACGGAGCCGGAGAGAGCGGACAAACAGCCCGUGGUUGUACACAGUUUGAAACCCCGAUCCAGAGUGCCACGAAAGAGUAAAAAUGCAUCCACUUCGGAUGACACGGAUUCCUUUUUUAUAAGAGAUAUUCCACUCCGCUCAGAACCACCAGUGCAUCCGACCUCUGACGUCUACCCGGAAGGAAAUUUUCCAUCCGGCAGAUCUAUGUUUAAUUUACGCGGCACCUAUCCACGACGUGGGCCCACAAGAUCCAAAUCGAAUCGAGUCCGCUCGAAAGGAUCAGUUCCUCUAGCGAAAGAUGACAGUCUGGCCUCGGAUUCAUUAUACGUUCCUUAUCAGGCCGAUCCUGAAUCCAGUAGUGAUACCGCGACUGAGAACGAUCCAAGCGAAGAUUUGUAUGCCCCCAGUGACCCCACUCAAACGGGUAAACGAAAUUUCUCAGAUUAUACAGCAUCCACAUCACAGCGAAAUCGAUGGAUGCGCAACCCCGAUCCGAACGUCGAAUCGGCCGGGUCACCUCGUCAGGCGUAUGCAAUUCAUUGUGCUCAACCAACUUGGAUUCAUCAUCAUCCACUUUCGGUUAUGUCAUCUGGACCGUUCGCUCCCCCUUCACCGCAGUACUACAUUGGUCCAGUCCAUCCGACACAGCCAACCAUCCUGAAUCCGGCCAACCUGUCCGCUUCACAGAUAACGGCCGGGCCCGCAGAGAGCGUCCGUAGCAACUUGUCACAGAAUGAUGUGUCAUACGGCCAGGCAGACGCUGAUUUGAAUCAGAACCCUCAGUCAUCGGCUAAAACAGUUGAGGUGGCAGGCAAAUUUAACCCGAAUGGGCAGCAAAUCGAAGAAACCUUUAGUAUAGUCAUAUUGGCAUUGCUCAUGUUGAUUGGUACUUUGAAUGACAAUAUGAAUCGCAAAGAUGACGGCCUAGAAACCAGUCAAAAACAAGCUGGUUCAACCAAGAAAAAGAACAGUACCAACAACGUUACGGAUACUCAAAACCACGUGGAAUCUGCUCAACCCGCAAACCAUAUUAAUGACAUGUAUAAUGCGGGUGAACCGACCACUAACGCAGAUCCGAAUGAUAAUCAAGCCAAAUGUCAACCUGCUCAAUCGUUCUUCGUGUCCAUUGCGCGGGAUAAAAUCAGUACACAACCACCGUUCGGAGUUCGGGGACCAUUGCGAAGUACCAGUCUUAUUCGUUCCAAGCGUGUGAAACCGAAGGCCUCGAUCACGGACGAGAUUGCACAGGUCACAUCCAGUACCGGUCCACAACAUGCGGAACCGGAGACUGGAUCGAGAGAGGCAAUGGUGUCUGUUCCGUCGAACGAUACAAACCGGGACCGGUCCCCGAAUAAAAAUUCCAUCUCGGACAGCAGUACGCGACCGGACAGGGAAUCAACGCCAUUGCCAAAACGAUCCCCGUCGGCCACGAUCAGCAACCUCCGAUCACCCAAACGUUUGAUCAAAACAAACAGUUUGGAAUGCAAACAAAAUUCCCCGAAAUAUUCGGAAAUUACUGAUCAACUUCAGCAACGCGAACAACGACGUGAACUGGAACGCCAGAGACGAGAGGCAAUCUUUCAGACUCCGGGUAGCCGGAUUUCCGGUGGUCGUGAAAUUGCAUUGGUUAUUUGGGGCUGGACUGAGGAGGGGAAAUGCACCGUUUUUAAGACUUUAUUAAACGCAGAAGACCAAAAUCGAGGUCUUUCAAAUUUUAACGAUUUAACUACUUGCUCCGAGGAGACCGGUCCAAAUUUGCUUCCUCAUUUCACUACUCCAGAACACGUUCGUCAAGCUACCUGCGUUCGCGAUGGCCGGUCCAACCAGACGGAGUUGUUUUUACACCUUCGAACCAGACAAAGAGACCGUGCUGCAAGUAUCUAUAAUCCGGACUACCAGUAUCUUUUAUGUUUACGGAAACCAGUCAAUGGUGACGUGAAGGUUCAGACCAAAGACGAACUAGCUCUACUCCGAAUCAAAUCACCGACCAGUGUGGACUUACCGCCAGCCGGACCCCAUAUGCUGGAACCGAAAUUGUUCGUCGAGCUGAAGGCCAAGUCGAACAGACGUGUGAUUUCCAAUGCAUUGAGUCACUGCUGUUUGGCUGGUCCAGUCAAUCAGGAAGCCAAACUUGCUGCGUUGGAAGCGCUUGGCUGCUCCGACGGUAAACAUUUUAUGAUCUUGCUACGUAGUCAAUGCCAGUACGGUGGACUGUACAGCUAUUCGGCCACCGAGGACCAAGCGAUUCGCGUUUGUGGAAACGGGCCCAAGAAGAUUGAAAACAAAAUGGUGGCGCAUUUUUACAAGUAA